AUGACGAAUUUGCUCUGCUCGAGCUUGCGACAAAGCAGAAUAUGGGCGCCGGUUGCUGCCCGGAUUCUGCAGACCGAUCGGGGACAAUGGAAAGGUGAGGCCAACUUGGGAGGAGCUUGCGACCUGGUCUUGUCGCUACCGCAGGCAUCCUCUCGGAGUGAGUACGACGAGCACGAAGAACAGCUCAGAGUUGUUCUACUUGCUCCAGCAGACAUCGGGAGAGCCCAAACGACUCACCGAACCGAACAGCUCUGUGAUUUGGAAGGAGAUAGUAGCUACCCAGCACUCGCCUUUCUCUUUCUUGACGAUGACCACUGCAACGACGACGACAACGACGUCAACGACAUGAACAACGACAACGAUGUUGACAGAAAGGAGGGCAAAAAUGGUAGUGGCAGCGGUGGCCCGGUUGCCAUGGAAUCGUUUAUGAGACUUCAAAUUGAACUCAUGAGCCGUUCUAACAGCAGCAACAUGGUCCCCAUUAUCCCGCUGAACUCCCCUAACGCGCUGGGGCCGACGCUCGAAACAUACCUAGCGUCGUUCGCCACCCAGGACCGGCAUCAGCAAUCUCGGCCAGUAACAGUCGAUGGCGCCCGUGACCUGCUGCCCUUCUGCACCGCUGACGCAGCGGGCCCUCUACGAAAGCACUCGGUCGACGUGCUGAGCGAGCGCAGCUUGAGCUUCAGGGAGCUUCUGGUCAACACGGAGAGGGCGAUGGUCGACGUAGACAACGGCGAAGACCAAACGGGUAGGAUAGGGCUUAGGAGGGGCGGCAAGGAGAACAUGGCAGACUUUGCUGCCAAAAUGGGAAUCGAGCCGGCAGACGCGGAGCGAUUCCUGUCAUUCUGGAGAUACGAGUUCGCAAUCUGA